AUGAAAUCAGCCAGCCUGGACCUUUGCAACGACAACACAAAGCACAGGGAGACCGGGGCCGGAUUGUUCAUUGAUAAAGGGGUGAAGACCACCAAUGCAAGUGCCGCAGACCCCCGGGAGUACCUGUGUCUGGACAACAACGCCAGAUUCCGACCUCACCAGAAUGCAGAUCCAAGUCAACCUCGAGUGGCGGCGGUGAUUGACACGCUCAUCUCCUUCAAGAACAACGACAUGGGCGCGUGGAUACGAGGUGGUGACAUCAUCAUACAGAACUCUGGGUUUGCGGACAAUGGAGUGGGAUUAUCCUUUGCCAGUGAUGGCAGCUACCCGAAGGACGAAGGCUCCAGUCAGGAGGCGACCCAGUCUCUUUUCGUGGGUGAAAGCCGAAACCGGGGAACCAACGGAGGGCAGAAUAAAUACUGGGGCCUAGGAGGAACCGAUGGGAAGAUGAGGACCCUUCCCAGAAACAGGACGUUCCCAAUCCGAGGCUUUCAGAUUUACGACGGCCCGGUGCGGCUCACACGGAGCACCUUCCGUGCUUUCAUCCCUACACCAGAACGGUACACCAGCGCCGUGGGUUUUAGCCUGAAGAACACCUGGCAGCUCACGCCCCGGAACAACAUGUCCCACCUCCACUUCCACCCAAGCGUGGAUCUCCGAGCAUUCUUCGGUCGCCCGGGUCAGUGGUUUGAAGAGAACGACCUGGACGGGGACAAGAACUCAGUCUUUCAUGAUGUGGACGGCUCGGUGACCGGCUACAGCGACACCUAUGUCGGCAGGAAAGACAAUUACCUGAUCCAACAUCCCGGCUGUGUCAACAUGUCGCCCUGGAACGCUGUGAUUUGUAGCGGCCGCUAUUCUCAGGUGUACGUCCAGACCCAAGGAGCUUCCGGUCUCGCGCUGUCCAUCAAUAGAGACGAGUACCCCGCAGCGCCCCUGGUUCUGAGGGGCAUUAACAGCCAGGGGGCGCUGUCGCAGCAGUAUCAGCCCGUCCUGAUGAUGAGCAAGAGCUACACGCUGCACUGGAGCGGAACUGCCCCUCGGGAGGUCGUCCUCUCCCUCAUCAACUUUGACAAGGACGACUGGGUGCUGAUUGGACUGUGCUACCCAGCAGGCACUGCCUUUCAGGUCAUGGCCGACAUCAACGACAGGCAGAGCAACACUUUCGAUGACAUCACCGACUACGGGCCCGUCUUCUCUCUCGCCGAGCUGGAGUCGAAACCGUUGGAGAGGAAGUACUUCUUUGACCAAAACGUCGGUUUGCUGUGGCUCUACCUUCGGGCCCGCCAUGGUCGUGAUGGCCACAGCUACUGCUCCUUCAAAGGCUGUGAGAGAGUAAAAAUCACAGCUACGACGUCCUCCCAGCAGACCUGCAACUGCACCGGCAAGGCCUAUCCCAAAUAUGCCAAAAGCCCCUCAGCUGCGGUGCCCAUGCCGGCUGAAAACACGCAACCCUGCAAGGACUGCGGAGCCAAGCAGCGUGUGUUCACGAGUGAGCCGUGGACGUCCUACCUCCAAACACGAGUCAAGUCUCUCAGCGUGAGGGAGCAGCAAAAAGGCGACGCCGAGUCCUUUAUUGCUGCUAAUGAGGAAGUGAUGGCCUUCAAUCAGCCUGGCUAUCUCGUGGUCUCUGUGGACGCCUGCUCGGGAAAAGUCACCACGAAGGUCCAAUUCUCCAAGAUGGACACCAAAAUGAAGCAUCACCUCGAAAAUGGCAUACCGACCAAGUCCAUAGUGCUGGUGGCCACACAUGGUCAGCCUGAAGGCCUGGCUGAUGUGGCUCCAUGUCUUGUCUCUUUGGGGCUGGCCAAGGCUGCUGAUCUUCACAAUAAAGAGAGUCUGGCACUGUGGGCCUUCCAGGGCCGCACCCCCCAUCCUCCUUGGGUCUGGCUCCUUGCGGGCCAAGGGGAUGAGAUCCUGGGCCUGCAGGAGCGCUACUUGCCCCUGGGUCUGGAAGCAUACGGCUGCUCAGCGUCUGCAGCUCAAGACACCCGCAAAGACCUGCAGCUGCUGAAGGAAGCCACAGGACUUGAGUGAACCAAUGUGAACUGCACCACCCACACAAACACACACACACACACACACACUUCUUGCACACAGAACACACACACCAUGUGAACUGCUGAACUUUUUAAUUUAUUAACAAUGGCAUAUAUGUUGUGUUUGCCUCGGGCCUUUAAGUCAAUGCACUUUUUUGUCAAGCCAAAGUCAGCGAAUGGACCUUUUUUAAAUGAAACACAACAAAUCAAAGCACCUAUUUAUAUUCAUUACGUUGUGUGAAAUGAGAACACAAAUGUGAUCAGAAAGAAAGGGCGCAUUAGUUCCACUGAGGCUGGAGGGAGAUGAUGAGCAGUAGGAACAAAUGAGAGAAAACAUGUUCGAUGGGAAGCAAAACUGGAAGGAUGUAGAUGCACUAAGUCAAAUGUGUUCAAAGAAAUGCCAACGCCUCGAAAAACACAACAACAAUAUUUUAAAAGGCUAUUAAACAAAAGCCGAUUUUUUUUUAAAUAAAAGCUGUUCAUACAUCACAUGCUUAUUUAACCCUUGUGCACUCCAAACGGGCAUUACGUUUUUUUAAAUUUAUUUAAUUAAUUGCAUUGUGUUUUUGAUUGCAGCGUCGUUGGAAUAGGUUUCACACACAAAAUAUACACACGCUCUCUGAAGAGCCAUUCGGCCUCGUUGACUCCCUUUAGAACUGUUAUUUUCCAUGACAACCCAAUUCAUCCAAUUCUUUGACCGAUUGAAAAACAAUGUGCCAGAAUGUAUGGUAUAAUUCUCAGAGCUUUGAUGAGCAUAAAUGAGUUAACCUGCCAUUAAAUUGCUGAAAUGCAAUAAAGAUGUUCUUGGGCAGUUAAUAAAUACAUUUAAAAAAGCAUAUGUGUGUGUA